CGCAAGUCCUGCUGGAUUUCCAGAAGGCGUGGGGCCGCCCCACGUUUGACGGCUGGGCGGUUGGUGGGGACUGCGACAAUGCAAGCACUGUCACGUGCGACUCCCAGGGCAUGAUCACAAAGAUAAGCAUUUCCGACGAGAGACUAAAAGGCUCAAUCCCUGCCUCCAUCAGCAACCUCCAAAGCCUUGAAUACUUAGCUUUAUGGAACAGUAGCCUGACCGGCCCAAUACCAACUACUAUCGGCAACCUUCCAAAGCUGACCGACUUGGAACUUUGUUACAACAGCUUAACUGGCACCAUCCCUGCAUCCAUGGGCAAUCUCAUAAGCCUCAAUUACUUGUGGCUAAUUGGAAACAAUCUGACGGGCUCCAUACCAGCGACGUUAUCCAACCUUGGGCUUUUGACCAACUUGAACCUCGGCUACAACGACUUGACAGGCACCAUUCCUGCCUUUCUUGGCAACCUCCAAAAGCUUUCCCACCUAUACCUACAUGGGAACAACCUCACUGGCUCGAUACCAGCAUCACUAGGCAAACUUUCAAAUCUUGGAGAUCUACUCCUUUUCUUCAACAUUUUGUCCGGCUCAAUUCCUGAGUCGCUCUUCAAUCUCACGAAACUCAGCACGCUCAGUCUCCUUGGAAACAGAUUAACUGGCUCAAUCUCUUCAAAAAUAGGCAGCCUUGCAGCGCUGACAACCCUACAGCUUGGCUACAACAACUUGACCGGCACCAUUCCUGAAUCUCUCUUCAAGCUCACAAACCUCAACAACUUAUUGCUAUGGAGAAACGAACUGACGGGCUCCAUACCUGCAAAAAUAGGCAACCUUCUAUUCCUGAAUGGCUUGUACCUUGGUCCCAACAACCUCACUGGCAGCAUCCCAGAAUCCAUUGGCAACCUCUUGCAGCUCACAAUCUUGAAUGUGCGAAAAUCCAGUCUGAGCGGACCCCUCCCUGCGACACUGGGCAGGCUUGCCAAACUCAAAGAAUU